AGUUAUAUUUAUAUAUAUAGACACCCAAUCUCGCACGCGCAUCAGUUCUGAUGUUCUCCCGGCGCAAGUGGUUUUGCGCAAUGACGACAGCACACUAACCUUACAUUCUCUGCAAGCCAAUUAACGAGUAUAUAAAAUUUGUCGCCAAGAGCGCAUCAUCGUGGAAAAUUAUUUGACAUUUCAAAAUUAUGGCUCCUACGCGUCGUGCCUGUGGUUUCGUAAUUUUCCGACGACUUCGCGGAAACGUCGAGUAUCUGUUGAUGCAAACAUCCUACGGAAAGCAUCAUUGGACUCCUCCAAAAGGUCACGUCGACCCGGGAGAAUCGGAUAUGGAGACGGCACUGCGAGAAACCGAGGAAGAGGCUGGUUACGUCAAGUCGGAUUUGAAAAUUAUCGACAGUGCCAAGAAAGAGCUGAACUACCCGGUUAACAAUAAGCCGAAAAUCGUCAUUUACUGGCUAGCCGAAUUGUUGAACAAAACAAAAGACGUGACGAUGUCGAAGGAGCAUCAGGACUUUAAGUGGCUGCCCUUGAAAGAGGCUUGCGAACUGGCUGUUUACCCGGAGAUGCAAGAGACAUUCGCGUACUUCGAUAAAUACAUUACCGAAAACCUUGUUCAAUGAAUUUUCCAGCAAAUGCGACAUUAAAGAUUAAAAGGACUGGCUAUUGUUGAUUUUUGAAAAUAAAAAAAAGUUUUAUUACCGAUAAA